CGGGGCCAGGGCUAUGGGCAUUAGUGCGUUACCUUCCCAUCAUCAGUCACUUCGCAACCCCCCCUCCCCUCACCUUUCCCGCAUAAAUGAUGUAACUAGUCUGAUAUCACGGAAUGACUCGCUAACUAGCCUCUUCGUGUACUUAGGAAUAUGCCAAAAAGAAUCCAAACUGUGCCGUGAUGGGCGUCGAUAUUGAGAAAGUGCGCCCUCCAUAUAACGUAUCCAACUGUCAGUUCAAGGUUAUGGACAUAUCUACCGACUGGAACCUCGGCAGACAGUUCGACUUCAUCCAUGUUCGUAUGCUGGGCGAUAUCGCGGAGAAGGAAAAGUUCGUCGAGUCCAUCUAUCGCCACCUCAACCCUGGGGGCUGGGUCGAGUUCAGCGAAUGGAUCGCGAUCCUCGUGUCCCCGGAUCACUCGCUGGAGGGAACAGCAUUCCACAAGUGGAAUAUGCUUCUUCAACAGGGUCUUCACAACAUGGGCCGCUCCAUGCACUAUGUCUCGCAAUAUCAGCCCAUCUUGGAAAAGUCUGGGUUCGAGAGGAUGAAGUUGACAAAGCACGCUGCACCUACGAACGCGUGCUACCCGGGUAAGAAGUGUCAGCGGUUCGGCACCAUGAUGUCCAACAACUGGAAUGCCAUUAUCGAGCCGCUAAGCGUCCCUGUUUUCACUAUUGGUCUAGGCUGGUCCGAGGCCCAGGUUCUUGCAUUGGUCAAGAAGGUCCGUAAGGAGAUUGACGAUACGAACUACCAUUCGUUUAUGACGCUGCUUACGAUAUACUGCCGGAAGCCACGUAGCGGUGCAUCAUCGUCCGUAUCAUUGGCGAGCUCAUCACGCUCGGCAGCUCAAAUGUCGGUGUCCAAUGUCAGUUCACAUGGGUAGUAGCAAAAGGCGUCUAAAAAUGGAUGAUGUGUUUACAAGGGGUUUGGGGAUAUCAUACCACCACGAAGCGUUUGCAAAGCAAGCGAGCGAUUUUAUUAUCAAAGGAAUCUUCCGGUUCCAUUAUCAAUGUAGUUGAGGUUUCCAGCCAUUCCAUAAUCUCGGGUUCCAGCAGGAACAGUCCCGUAUGUGCAUGUGGGUACGUGUAUCCGUACAUGUAGGUCGUUGAAUCGA